AUGUCCACGUCCCCGCGGUGUCCGAGUUCAACCGGCGGCGAUGUGUCGCGCGCCCCUGGUGUAGAAAAAAAAACAAAAACAGAGAAGGAAAACUUAAUAGAAAUGGCGGAGAGUGCAACGACGCUCAAAGGCUUGAGAGCCCAGAUGGCUGCAGCUGCACAGGCACAAGCCGAGGAGCGGCGUAGCUUAGCAGCGAACAGUCCAGGACCCACAACCAACUCACCAUCUAAACCUCAGGGUAGUAAGCCAGUUAUUGACGGUGCCGCGCUUAGAGUAGACGACAGGCUGCGAGUGGCAAAAGAGAGGCGAGAGGAGGCAGAAAGACAACAGGCUAUACGGGAGUCCCAGAUCAUGCAGCGGGAGCGCAAAUCUAAGCUGCAAGUGGAACGCCAAAUGGAGGAACGUCAGAAAAAGCUUGAGGAGCAGCGGAGGAAGGAGGAACAGAAACGAUUGGCUGUGGAGGAGAAAAGGAAGCAGAAGCAGGAAGAAGAAAAGGAGCACUAUGAGGCAGUUAUGAGACGAACAUUAGAACGCAGUCAGCGUGUUGAGCAGAGACAGAAGAGGUGGUCUUGGGGAGGACUGUCUGCAGACCAAGAAGGACGAGCAGGAGAUUCUGACGCCAGCAUCUCCUCUCCAGUAGCUAUAGUUGUCUCCACUCCCUCGCCAGAAAAGCCACCAAGGAGUGGACAAGCUGACAAGCGCUCCACAUCCACAACUAACCUGAAACAGCCGCCCGAGGCUGGCAUCAGCAAACGUUUAUCCUCCUCCUCUGCCGCCCUUGGUAAAUCACCUGACAAAAGUGUUAGGACAAGGAGUUCAUCUUGUAACCGGUUGCCAAGCAAUGGCAUUGAUGCUCAGGCCAGUAAGGAAGAUGGCAAAAAGCUUCAGGUGGAACAGACAGGCCGUUCUGUGAAGAAGAGAAGUUCCUCCCUCACACGAGUAAGUGUGGGCAGAGCACAGACCCCUUCCAAGCCUGAUAAGGGGACAACGGAUGAUCAAGCCCGCAAGCCACCGGCCAGUACUGUGGAUGAAGGGGUCCUUAGUCGCCUGCUCACUCCCACCCAGGCCUCACUAGCUAGGAGCAAGAGCGCCGCCGCCCUCUCUGCUGAAGGAUCAGAUGCUACAGAGUGUCACCUGUGUCCUCGUUCAGCCUCUGCCAGCCCCCUGAACCCACCGCACGGACCCGUGCGCAGUCGCAGCAUUGACCGACAGAAGAGCGGCAUGACCACCUCAAAGUCAGCGAGCGAAGCCCUCGACCCGUCUCUGAAAGACAAACAAUUAACAUCACCUGGGGGCCAGCGUCCCGCCUCACCAUCUACCUCCUUGGGACGCCAUCGCUCACCAUCCCCAGCGCCCAGCCCAACUCCAAAGAGAACUCCCUCCCCAGCAACAGCCAAGCAAAGUCCCAAGAUGCGUCCACCUUCACCGACUGCGAUGAAACAGCGUCCCCCGUCUCCCCAGCCCACAUUAGCGAAGCCCCCACCCAUCCAGAAACCAUCUCUCACUCCAACAGGACCACCGACGUUGCGAAAGAGGGACUCCAAAUCCAAGGAUCUAGGUCCUGUUCAGCCUGUGACUCCACAGGCCUCUGAUGCCAGUAAGACCAAAGACAAAGAUGACUCAAAGACGACCGGCACUAACUCAGCUGCUGAGGCGGCCAAGAUCUUGGCUGAAAAUCGAAGACUGAUGCGGGAGCAGAAGGAGCGAGAGGAGCAGCUUAGGAUACAGAAGGAGGAAGAGGAGAGGCAGAGAAAAGAAGAAGAGGAGCGUUUAGCUGAAGAGGCUCGACUUAAACGCCUGGAGGAGGAGAAGAGAUUGGCCGAAGAGAGGAAAAUAAAAGAAGAAGAGGAAGCUCUUCUAGCAGAGGAAGAAAGAAAAAGGAUGGAAGAAGAAGAAGAACUGAGGCAGGUUGAGCUCCAAAAGGAACGAGAGGAGGCCGAGGCCAAGGCCCAGGAGGAGGCAGAGAGAGUCCGUCAGGAAAGAGACCGCAUUAUGCAGCAGAACCAGCAAGAACGAAUGGAGAGGAAAAAGAGAAUUGAAGAAAUAAUGAAGAGAACCAGAAAAGGGGACCAAAAUGACUUGAAGAGAGACGACGACGAUAAAUAUGCACAGGAGAACGGAGACGAAGGUGAGGAUGAGAUGAAAAGUGAAACCAAAGAUGACGUAACCAUGAUGGGUGACCAGGACAGUUUGUCCUCUGGUGAUGGUGUAGUUAGCCAGGAAGGCGGUAUGAAUGGAAAUCCAGAGACUGAAGACAAGGAGAACUCCAACGGCACAACCGCUGAGGAGACUCAGGCAGGAAGUCCAGUUCCUAAGAGCCGCCUCGUCGAGGGCUCAGAGUUCCUGAAUGAAGAGGACUCCACCAAGGAGGGGUUGGUGUCCAGCCUCAACGGGAAGUCCAGCCAGUGGAGCUUUGAGGAGCUCAUCGACACCAACGUCCACUCAAAGACCCGACCUCUGAUCGAGUCAGAGGACUGUAACCAAGUUUUGAUCAACUGUGACGGGAGUGCAGAUGGGACCAGGGUGGCCUUUGAGGACAAGGGAACUUCUAUCAGCACCCUGCACUCCUCUAAUCAACCAAUAGAAGCCAUGUCAGAGAUUUGAUGCUGCAGCUGUCGCUGAGAAGCCUCUUUUUGUUGCACUCCAAACUUUCCUUUCCAACUGAGAUCCCUAAAAGAAUCUUCUAGUCGUUCCAAACAGUUUCCACCUCUUCCUGCAGGAGGCGCACAAGACGAAAUGGAAAGACCACCCUAAGUGCUGCAUUUGCACCCAACACAAUGAGGAAACGGAUUUAAUUACAUUUAUGUAUAUUAAAAAAUGUCACGCUUCAGGGAAAUGUUCAUAUUCCUCGUCUUUCCUCUUCCGUUUAGUUCUUUUCAAUUUUGUGUCAAAAACUUUUUUUUAUUUUCAUUUUGUUAGGGGUGCAUUCUUAUAACUUAUUAAUUUUGGCUUUAUCGUUGUUGUAAUUAUUGUUAUAUGUUUAGUCUUGUUUUUCUUGUAUGACAAUAUUCCAUGACACAUGAAAGUCAGGCCAUGUGAGUUAUAUUAUAAUUAUUGAAAGAAAUGUUAAUACAUCAUUAUUAUUCUGUCUGGGUUUGGGUGGAAAGGGUUUUUGUUUUGCAUGUGGUUCAACUAAAUUUACUUGACCGGCUGCUUUUUGCAGCACCCAGCUACGUAUGGCCUUACCUUUUAUUCCCCAACUUUGAAUGUUUUCUAAGUGCUAAAAUGCAUAAUCGUCAUGAAGGUCGUGCAAACACAGUUCAGCAACCUGCGCAUGAUGUUUCUGAUGACGGCUUUUUCACCCUGUCCUGUUUUCCCCUUUUCUGGCCACUAGAGGGCUUCAUAACCACAAAGGUGAAAUGUUUUGACCUGGCACAGUUCGAGGAUGUUGCAGAAGAGUGUUUAUGUUGCAUUCAUGGUUAGUUUAUGUGAAUAGAACUAAUGUUUACUAGCUUCCCUGUAAUGGAUCUGGUUUUAGUCUCAAACCCUAUGUUUGCAUCCAGCUGUUUGAAUACCUGUAACUGUAACAAACUUGUCAAAGGGAUAGUUUGGAUUUUUUAAAGUUGUGUGAAAGUGUCUGUAAUUUUUCCCUUAUCUGCAGUAGACGGAGCUAUUACUGAUCAAAACUUCCCAGAACAUCACUUGAAACAAUCCGAGGUUUCUCUUCAGGAUGGUAUGUUUGUUGUGAACUCCAUAGUUUACCUUUUGCUUAAUCUAAAAAUCAGAUUUUCUUUGGGCUUUUCUUCUGCCUCAGUUUCACCUCCUUCCAUUAGCUGCUACACCUGACAAAAUGCAUUUCAGUUCUUUUUAUAGUUUAGAAAUUGGCAGAUUGUUUAUGUUUGUAUUUAAGUGUUAUUACACUUUGUAUAUAACCAGUAUUAGGCAAGUGAAGCCAUGUUUAGGAAGGAGCGGCUCAGGUUGUGGGUUUUUUAUAUUGGUUACUGUUAGGUUUGAGAUGGUUUGAGUGGUGCGCUGUGAUUGGUUUAGCUCAGUUUGGCUUGUUUAUGUUAGAACCCAUAAAUAAAACCCUCUAACAAAGAGACUCUGCAAAGCAAACGUCCAGCUGGAGUUUUACUAAAUAAUUUCCUUAAAUCUGGUGAGCAGUGCUGCUAACAUUAAUCUCAGUUUCAGAUUCUUCUGGAUCAAAUUAACGAAAACCAGCUGAAGUUUUUAGAGCCAGUUUGGUCCUUGGCAUCAUGUUUGAGCUGUGACACGAGUCGUUUUAUAUCCUGUCAAAAGAUGGUGGCACAUCAGCUCAGGUUUAAUCUAUCCUACUGCGGUAAAGGGGAACAUCUUGUUGAUUUCUAUGUUUGUUUGUUUUUUCUGUUUCUUCAUUUUCUUCUUGAAAUGUGUUGAAACAUUAAAAGUCCCUUUGCUUGAAAAAUCCAAGUAUGAGAUUUGGUGGAGCUUGACAUUUGCAGUGUUCUCUGAUGGGUUACUAAAAACCUCUUUAUACACGACAAGACUCUGAGCUUAAAACAUUUCAACAUUAACAAGCAAGAUGAUUGUUACAGAACUCCUUCAUUACUUGCUCACCUUAUCCCUAAGAGUUGCUUGCUUUCAGCAUUCAUUUUUAUGAAGUCUUGGAGAAAACGCUCCGCCCUACACGAGAUGACUUGUUACUGAGGAGUGGCUUCACUGUAAGACGAGUUGUGAUAUGUGGUAUUUGUGAUGUGUUUUAACUCUGUUCAUUCAAAUCCUUCCUGAUCCGCUUCCCCGUCAUGGGUAGAUCCUGUUUAUAGUUGCAGACUUUGUUUUUCAGUUCCUGCUGCAUCUCUUAAGUACUAAACUUAAAGCUCUUUGUCUUCAUAUUAUCUUUGAUAGAAUAGAAAGGUGCCUUAGUUUGAGAUGUACUGUUUUUAUUGCAUUCUUACUGUUUACGGUGUCUUUACCUUGGCCUCGACAAUCAGUCCACCCAACCAGGGCAACUCUGUGACUAUAAAUAUUUCUCUGGAAGAUCUGGUAUAAACCCCCUUGUCUGCAAAUAAAAUCUGUACUGUAAAUAUAUCUAAAGAGAACAGAUAUGAUACAGACUGUUAAAAGAAUAAAGUUUAAAUGAAGCGAAAA